AUGGACCGCACCGUGGUGCUCAUCACUGGCUGUUCCUCCGGCAUUGGCCUACACCUGGCCCUGCGCCUGGCGUCCGACCCAUCCCAGGGCUUCAAAGUGUACGCCACGCUGAGGGACCUGACGGCACAGGGCCCACUUUGGGAGGCCGCCCGGUCCCGAGGGUGCCCUCCCGGCUCCCUGGAGAUGUUGCAGCUGGAUGUGAGGGACGCAGAUUCCAUAGCCGCUGCCCGGGCACGCGUGACCGAGGGCCGCGUGGACGUGCUGGUAUGUAACGCAGGCCGGGGCCUGGUGGGGCCGCUGGAGGCACACGAGGAGGGCACCGUGGGCUCCGUGCUGGAUGUGAACCUGACCGGGACCGUGCGGAUGCUGCAGGCCUUCCUGCCGGACAUGAAGCGGCGACGCUCGGGACGCAUAUUGGUGACCGGGAGCAUGGGAGGCUUGAUGGCUCUUCCCUUCAACGCCGUUUACUGCGCCAGCAAGUUUGCAAUCGAGGGUUUGUGCGAGAGUCUGGCGAUUCUGCUGCAGCCCUUCGGGGUCCACUUGAGUCUCAUCGAGUGCGGCCCGGUGCACACCGCCUUCCCCGAGAAGCUGGAGGGCGGCCUGGGCGGGGUGCUGGACCGCGCGGACGCCGAGACCCGCGACCUCUUCUCCCGCUACCUGAGCCACUCCGAGCAGAUCUUUCUUGAGGCGGGGCAGGACCCGGAGGACGUGACCGAGGUGAGCGCCGGGCCGGACUGCGGGAGCGGGGGCAGCGCUCCGGUUCCCCAGCCCAGCCCAGCCCCGGCCAGCGCGCUUCCUCCCGCCGCUGCAGGUCUUCCUCCAGGCGCUGCGCGCCCCGCGCCCGGCCCUGCGCUACUUCACCACCGAGCGCUUCCUGCCCCUGAUACAGCUGCGCUUCUCCGACCCCAGCGGCCUCAGCUACGUCGCUGCUGCGCACCAAGCAGUGUUCGGCGACCAGGCCGCCGAGAGCUCGGACGGCGCCGGGGCGGAGGCCGGAGCCGGAGAACUGGGGGCACCUGAGCUCGGAGCUCCUCUUGACGCCCCGAA